UUUACCGGCCCGACGGCGCGGUAAGUUCUGGAACCAACGCUGGCGAUUAAGCACGGCGACACGGCGACACCCCAGUGAGCUCUCACAGUCCCUCGCGUUGUCGCUGUCCGCCAGAGCGCCAGACCACCACGGCGUGCACCCUCCGCAACCGCAGCCACACGGAGGAGCUUCGCGGCCGCACGCCGUGAGCCAAACCCUUGCCGUCGGGGCUAGGCCGCCGGUGGGGAGGCUUCGGGAGGUGGGGUCCUGCCGGAGCCGCCGAUGGCGGAGGACGGCGAGGAGAAGCUGCUCGCCACGGUGCAGCACAUCGUCAAGACCCUGGGCCGCACCGACACGAUGACGGAGGAUAUACUGAAGGUCUUCUCCAACUACGACGGCCGCCUCUCGCUGGACAAACUCUACGCCACGCGGGCUGCGGCGGCGGCGGCGGCGGUCGCGGCGGCUGGAGGAGCGGGUGCUGGGGAGCACUCGGUGCCGGCGUCGCCGCCGAUGCCGCCCCCGCCCGCGGUUCCCCCGGCGGUGGCGGCGAUGCCGGCGGUGACGUCACUGGAGCGGACCGUGCGCACGCUGGACCGGCAGAUCUCGCAGUUCGUGACGAUGGAUAGGCUGAUUUGGGCCGACUCGGCGGACGCGGACGCGUUCCUGGAGGCGGUGGACGACCUAAUCGGCACCGUGCAGGAGCUGGACGCAGCUGGGACCAACCGCGGGCUGCUCGACCGUGCCGAUGAGCUGCUCAGCCGGUGUAUGGCCCGGCUGGAGGAUGAAUUCCGGGCGCUCAUAGAGCGCCCCGACGACGUGGCGCCGCCAGCGCCCGGCGGGUUCGCUUCUGAUGAGAGCGAGGAGGAGGACUACGACGCGGACGACGGCUACGGCGAUGAGCCAAUCCCAAUCGCCAAGCCGGUCUCGGACUUCGACGUGGUCAUCGACGCCCUCCCCCCGGGAUCGGUCUCCGACGUGCACCAGAUCGCGAGGCGGAUGGUGGACGCUGGCUUCGGCCGCGAGUGUGCCGAGGCGUACGCGGCCGCACGCCGCGGAUUUAUCGACGAGAGCGUCGCCCGCCUCGGCAUCCGUGCCCGCACUAUCGACGAGGUUCACUCCUUGCCGUGGGAGGAGCUCGAGUUCGACAUUGCCCGAUGGAUCCCGGCCUUCAAGAUGGUGUUCCGCAUCCUGAUCCCCAGCGAGCGCCGCCUCUGCGACCGUGUCUUUGACGGCCUCGCCCCUUAUGGCGACCUCGCUUUUGUUGCUGCAGUUCGUACCCAGGUGCUGCAGCUUAUCUCCUUCGGCGACGCAGUUUCUGCUGCUAGUCGUGCUCCAGAGCGCCUCUUCCGUGUCAUUGACAUGUAUGAGGCCGUGCGAGACCUCCUUCCUGACCUCGACCCUGUCUUUGCUGAUCCCUACUCUGCUGCACUUCGUGCCGAGGUCUCUGCUGUUUGCAACACCCUUGGUUCCUCUAUCAAAGGUAUAUUCAUGGAAUUGGAAAAUCUCAUCCGACGUGAUCCUGCCCGUGUUUCUGUUCCUGGUGGUGGCAUACACCCAAUCACCCGGUAUGUGAUGAACUAUCUCCGUGCUGCGUGUGGAUCAAGACAGACACUGGAAGAGGUGAUGGAAGGUGACUUAGGUGCUGUUGGCGGGGCAGCUAUUGCUGUUGAUCCCGAUCGCCCCACUUCGUCACUUGCAGUGCACAUUGCAUGGAUCAUGGAUGUGCUUCACAAGAAUUUGGAGACCAAAUCUAAGAUAUAUAGGGACCCGCCACUUGCAUCCAUAUUCUUGAUGAACAACGGGAAGUACAUUAUUCACAAGGUGAAUGACAGUGAGCUUGGGGUUUUGCUUGGUGAUGAGUGGAUGAAGCAGAUGAUGAGUAGAGUGCGCCGUUGGAGUUUGGAGUACCAGCGUGGGGCUUGGGCAAAGGUCAUGUCAGUGUUGCAGACGGGUGGUCCUGGCAUUGGUAGUCUCCCUGCAAAGGCCUUGCUACAAAAACUGCGGAUGUUUAAUGGCUACUUGGAAGAGAUAUGUGCUAUCCAGUCAGAAUGGGUGAUUGCAGAUGAGCAGCUGCGCGAGGAUGUUAGGGCAGCAAUAACAGAUUCUGUGAAGUCUGCAUAUAUGGGCUUGAUUUCAAGGUUGAAAUCAUCUCCGGAAGCUGCACAGGACUUGUUCAUCAAGCAUUCCCCAGAAGAUGUCGAAGCACGAAUCCAGCACCUGUUUGAAGGAGUGUCCAAGUGAUUAUUAGUUCAUUAUAGUCACUAUGCUUCUAUAGCUGUGAUUUUGGUGUCAUUGUUGCUGCUAUGGUGGAUAUCUGAACACUGGUGAUGCCAUUAUGUGUUUGGUGGCAUUGUUCCAUAAGGUUUACUUUUCAUCUUAGAUGAGAAAAUUAUGGGUUUCUUAAACUUUGUAAAUUAUCCUAGGUGUCUGUUUAAUUAUCAAUUGGUAAUGCAAUCUAAUUUAUGAUGUUAUUGAUAUUUCCUUUUUUGGCUUA